CGAGGACAUAAUAGCAUUGUUUUGUCAGCCGAAAGUUUCUGUUCCGACCUGACCUGAAGUGCUGUUUUCCGUCUGCGUCCGCCUUCGUCUCUUUCUUUCCCCUUUCCUUUCCCUAACAAUUGCCUAGGUUCUCCGCAAUGUCUGCUGCAGAAAGGGAGAAACUUAUCGACGUGUCUGACGAUGACGACGCAAAGUACAACAUCACAGAAGACCAAAUGAAGGAAAAGCUCCAAGAGCUAGCCAGAAAGGAUCCUAAGCACGCCAUGGUGGAGAUGCCCGAGGAAAUAUCUCCUUCUAGAACCUAUAGUGACAUACUGAAACUUGAGAACUACAUUGCUCCCGUGCUCUUCACCAUUCUCUCGUUCUUCGUCCGGAUGUACAAGAUUGGAGCCAACAACCACGUCGUCUGGGAUGAGGCGCAUUUUGGAAAGUUUGGUUCAUACUACUUGAGACACUCGUUCUACCACGACGUCCAUCCUCCUCUUGGAAAGAUGUUGGUUGGUUUCUCGGGGUACUUGGCUGGAUACAAUGGUUCCUGGGACUUCCCUUCGGGCCAGGAGUACCCUGAGUAUAUUGACUUCGUUAAAAUGAGAAUGUUCAAUGCCACCUUCGGCGCGUUAAUGGUUCCAAUCGCCUACUUUACCAUGAAGCAGAUUGGCUAUAACCGGAAAGUCACUUGGCUUUUCACCCUGAUGGUUUGUCUGGAAACAACAUACACCACCUUGGCCAGAUUUAUCUUAUUGGACUCGAUGCUUCUCUUCUUCACAUGUACCACCGUUCUUUGUUUCUACAGAUUUCAUUCACACAACAGGAUCCCAGAAAAAGUUUUCACUAAAAAAUGGUUUAAAUGGCUUAUCUUGACUGGUGUCAGUAUCGGUUGUGUUGACUCGGUCAAGAUGGUCGGUUUAUUUGUCACAUCCUUGGUUGGUAUCUACACUAUUGUUGACUUGUGGAAUCUCUUCGGGGAAGUAGGUAGAAAGAAAUGUACAAAGGCAAAAUACGUUUUCCACUGGAUUACGAGGUUUGCCUGCCUUUGUGUCAUUCCUUUCAUUGUUUUCGCCAUCUGUUUCAAGCUUCAUUUUGAUCUGCUAUCUGGCACCGGUCCGGGUGAUGCAACUAUGUCUUCCCUUUUCCAAGCAAACUUGAAUGGCACAACUUUGACCUCCGGUCCAAGAGAUGUCAUGACCUUGGACUCCAGCGUUACAAUCAAGUCUCAAUCUUUGAGUGGUGGAUUGUUGCACUCCCAUAUUCAAACCUACCCUGAGGGCUCCACCCAACAACAGGUCACCACUUACUCCCACAAGGAUGCAAACAACGACUGGGUAUUUCAAUUGACCAGAGACGACCCAAGAACUGAGUUCAAAGAACCUCACUACGUUGUCGACGGCAUGAGAAUCAGAUUGGUUCACAAGGGUACUGGCAGAAACCUUCAUUCUCAUGAAAUCGCAGCUCCAGUCACAAAGGGAGUCUGGGAAGUUUCAUCUUAUGGUGAUGACGUUAACGGUGAUGCCAAGGACAAUUGGAUCGUUGAAAUUGCCGAUCAUUAUGGUGCCGAAGACUCCUCUGUCUUACAUCCUCUGACUUCCUCAUUCAGAUUAAGAAACGAAGUUUUGGGCUGUUACUUAGGUGUCACUGACUCACAGUUGCCUGCUUGGGGUUUCAGACAGGGAGAAGUUGUUUGCUGGCCAAAUCCUUUCAGAAGAGAUAAAAGAACCUGGUGGAACAUUGAAGACCACACCAACGAGAACUUACCAAACCCUCCUGAGGAUUUUAAAUUACCAAAAACUUCUUUUUACAAAGAUUUUGUCCAAUUGAACAUCGCAAUGAUGGCAACAAACAACGCCCUUGUCCCAGAUUAUGAAAAGCAAGAUGAUCUUGCCUCCAACUGGUGGCAAUGGCCUACUUUGAACGUCGGUAUCAGACUCUGCGGUUGGAACGACGAAAACUACAAGUACUUCCUCAUAGGUUCUCCUGCAACGACAUGGACAUCAACUCUCUCCAUUUUUGGAUUCAUUGGUAUCAUCUUGGCUUAUUUGUUGAGAUGGCAGAGACAAAUCGACGACUUCAACUUGAAAGGUACCACCUCUCUCUCCGAAGCUCUUGUUGAUACAAAUAGUACUCUUUACAAACUAGUCUACGGUGGUAUCUAUCCAUUCUUGGGUUGGUUCCUCCACUUCUUGCCAUUCAUUGUUAUGGGACGUGUGAAGUACGUCCACCAUUACAUGCCUGCCCUUUAUUUUGCCAUGAUGGUCAUGUGUUACGUCGUCGACUUCAUCGACCUCAAGGUCAACAAAACCUCUUUCACAAUUGUUUGGUACGGUUUCUUGUAUUCUUUGGUCAUUGCGUUCUUUGUUUACCUAUGCCCAUUCUCUUUCGGUAUGUGGGGUCCAAGCCAAGACUGGGCCUACUUGAAGGUCUUGAACUCUUGGAGAAUCACCGACUAAACUUACCUCACAUAGCCCGCAAGCUUCCCUUGUCAGCGAUUAAAAAAAUACAAUAAUAAUUUACCCGAGCUAUAUACACAGAUGUAUGCUUCCACCAC